AUGGAUCCACCAGUCACGCACCAUCCCCGCCUCUACUUCGAAAACGGUGACAUCGUCCUCAUCGCCCCACAGUUGUCGACAACCUCGCGUUCUACCGAGCUCAAUGCCUCCCCCCGCGCCUUCCGCGUCCACAAGCACGUCCUCAGCGACCAGUCCGCCAUCUUCUCCCACCUGCUUCAAGACGCAGCCCCCGAGAGGAGCGAUAUGCACGACGGCGUCCCCCUCGUCCACCUCGGAGACGAUGCUGAGGACGUCUCGCUCCUGCUGACCUCCCUCUACUUCCCAUCCGAGCUCUCCUUCCAACCUCUGACGCCUUCCAACCUCCUCUCUCUCACCACCAUCCUCCGUCUCGCCGACAAAUACUUCAUGGACGAUCUCCGCGCCCAUCUUAUCUCCCAAGUCACCUCGGACUGGCCCACCACGCUGGAAGCCUGGGAUGCACGUCAAGCGUCCCUGCGCGCGCUGCCCAUCGCUGUUUCCCGCCGCCGCGCUCCGGAGCCAGUCACGGCGAUCGCCUUCGCCCGCGCCUUCGACGUGCCCUCCCUCCUCCCGGCCGCGUUCUACCAGCUCGCCACCACGACGCACGGGCGGGCGUGGGGCCGCGCGCUGCGGGUCCGGACGCCCCCCGCGCACUGGGACGGGCUGCCGAGCGACGACUGGAUGCGGUGGGCGCGGGGGCGGGCGGCGAUCGCGCGGGUGCGCGUGGACGUCGGGGACCACAUCGCGCACCGGGUCGCGUUCGACCUCGACUUUGCAGGCGGGCUGAAGGACGGCGAGGUGGAGGUCGUCGCGGACGACUCGACGAUGUGCUUCGACUGCGUCGAGGGGCUGUUUGCGGCGUGCGCGUCCACGGGCGACGAUGGGGUCCCUGGGGACCCGCUGUGGAUGUUGGAGGAGGUGGUGAGGAAGUAUGAGGAGCGGAAGGAGGAGGAGGGGCGGUUGUGUGGGUCGUGCGAGCGGGGGUUUGAGGCGCGGAUCCAGGCGACGCGUUUGAGGAUUUGGAAGAACCUACCGCGGUUCUUCGAGCUCAAGUGA